CGUGGGCGACGUGCGAGCGCUCGCCAUCCUGAUGCCAGUCCCGCCGCCGCCAUAUUGCGAUCGGCGGCGGGCGGCAACUUGGCGAAGUGGCCCGCGGCACCGGGCGGGUCGGCGGCGGCGAGCGGGGCCCGGCGGCCUCAAUGAAAGCAAGAUGGUGGACCGCUUAGCAAACAGUGAGGCAAAUGCUCGACGCAUUGGCAUGGUUGAGAGCUGUUUUGGAGCAGCUGGGCAACCCCUGACUAUACCUGGUCGGGUACUCAUAGGUGAGGGAGUUCUUACAAAGCUUUGUCGAAAGAAGCCAAAAGCCAGGCAGUUUUUCUUGUUUAAUGACAUCCUUGUGUAUGGUAAUAUUGUCAUCCAAAAGAAGAGAUACAACAAACAGCAUAUAAUUCCAUUGGAGAAUGUUACAAUUGAUUCCAUUGAAGAUGAUGGUGACCUGCGUAAUGGCUGGCUUAUUAAGACUCCAACCAAAUCCUUUGCUGUUUAUGCUGCCACAGCUACUGAGAAAUCCGAGUGGAUGAAUCACAUUAACAAAUGUGUUACUGAUUUGCUGUCAAAAAGCGGAAAAGUACCCAGUAAUGAGCACGCUGCAGUCUGGGUGCCUGAUUCGGAGGCAAAUAUAUGUAUGCGUUGUCAGAAAGUCAAAUUCACACCAGUCAGCCGUCGACAUCACUGCCGCAAAUGUGGAUUUGUUGUGUGUGGGCCUUGUUCAGAAAAAAGAUUCCUCCUACCUAGCCAGUCUUCCAAACCAGUGCGUGUGUGCUCUUUCUGCUUUGAUUUGCUUUCUACUGGACAACUGACUGCAACUCUUCCAAAUCGUUCUGAGUUUUACCGCGGAUCCCUUCAGUCCCCUAGAAAUUUAUCUGAUGACGAUGAUGAUGACAGCAGUGAUUAAAAGUGAAAUGUCAACUUUGGUAUUUAAGUAAUUGGAGUUAAAACUUCAAAUGAGCAGUUUUUUUGAGGUCUAUUAACUUCCCUCAAUGUUUCUCUUGUGACAUUAGCCAUAAACUAUACCUGCAAACCUUAAAACAAAACUUGUGCCUAACUGUUCAAUAUACUAAUGGUAUCUGCUCUACUUCUGCAGGGAUGCAUUGCUGACUGCAAAUUAUCAUUCUUAGGCUGGUUGUAACCAUGAUCUUUUUGAGUUACUUGAUUUGCUUGCAGUACCUAAAAAUAAAUAAAUCUUAUUGCCCUCGGUUUGUAUUAUUAUUUUCUUUUAUUUUCACUAAAGUUUAAAAUGAAAUUAAAAGCCCUCAAAUACUGCUGUGAAAAGGAUUUCAGAGGAGUUUGCAAUUUAAUAUAAAUGGAGCAGGAUGUAAAGCACAACAUUUCUAAGUCAACUUCAGAUAUUGUUGACUCUUGAAUUUUAAUAUUGGCCAAUUUUACACACACAAUCUUGGCACUUUGUAGUUUGCAGUGAAGCUGGUUAUAUUGCGCUGUAGCAGAAAUAAGUGACUAAGAUGAAUAAAUUUGGAAAAGCUUAUCUGACAUUGUGCGCUUCUAAAUUGAGACCUUAACAAGGGAGGUGUUCCUGUUAAAAUAUUUUCCCCUUUCAAAUAUGGUGUCCUGUUCCAUGUAGUUUUAAAAAAAACAUUUUAAGGAACUCAGCUGGAUAUGAUGGGAUACAGAUUUAGUCUUUUUUUUCGUAAACAGCUCUGAAACCAUUUUAGAAAAUGUCAUGGAGCAAUUGUCAUAAAAUCAAGAUUACUUUUGAAAGUUAAUUUUUAAUAUUAAAUCUUCAUUGAUUAUUUAUAGAAUGCUUUUUGUGUUGCAGUUACUUUUUAAAUUAAGCUUUAUAAAUUGAGCAAAAGUCAAAAAUAGUGUUCUAGUUCACAGUAACAAGGUCACCUGCACACCAGGCCCCUCUAAAUUCUUGAAGGCUUGUUAAUUUUUAGAAUAGGAGAAGAGCUGAGAAUUGACUGCACAUUGGCACUUAAUUUACAUAAUAGUUUUGUCACUCUGUUCAUCCCUCUGCAAUGCUCCUUUGUAUGGCACAUCUAAUACUUUGGCUGAUACUUUGAUUUUCAGGCUUGAUGCUUAAGCAAAUAUGAAUUGUGCUACAUUAAACUAUGGAAUAUCCAUUGCCUCACUGUACUAACUAACUGAAAAACAAGAUUGGAAUAUUGCAAGUUCAUUGAUUUUUCUUCUGUACUUGGGAACAAUCCAUUUGUCAGUGCCACUUUUUGAUCACAAAUUUGAAAUACUGAGAUCCAGGUGUACAUAUAUACUUUAGCGUCUGUUUAAUUGAAACACUCAUAGUUAGAUUAAACCUAGUAAUGGAUUUGAAGGCUUCAAGGAUUUUGCUUCAAACAUUGAUUUAUAAGGUUCCAGACUAAUCUUACUAUUAGUAAGAUUUAUUAUUGCCAAGGCAAUUAGCUGAGAAUGUUAAAUAUGUGUUUAUGAAUUGCAGAUGGUAGAAAUCUGUAAUAAAAACACACAAUGCUAAAAUUUGCAAGUCAGGCAGCACCUGUAAAGAAGUUAAUGUUUUGGGUUGAUAACUUUCAUCAGAACUGAUGAAAAGUACCAGGCUGGAAUGUUAAUUUUGUUUCUCCCUGCACAGAUGCUGACACAAGCUGCUGAGUUUUUCUGGUGUUCUGUGUUUUUAUUGUGAGCAAUUUGGUGUGGUUCGUGGUUGAGUAGUGGGGCAUUCUGAAAUUGACAGUUUCUUUAGAGACCAUGAUUUGUCUUGAUGUAACAGUAAUGCAAGGAAAACAGGUCUGUUGCUCAUUGGCGAUGUUUUGCAUGGAGUUUUCUGUAAAUUGUUCUGUAGUGAGGGGACAGUCUCGUGUAGAACUGUUCUUUCACUUUUGAUUUUGUAAAUGAGUCAAAUUUAUUUUUAAAAGAAGUCAAAAUCAAACAUUUAAAAUAGUACUUUAUUAUUUAUAACACCACUUGCAGUGUAUGAUGCAAGUUUGUGAUAAAUGGCACGUUCAGUAGAAAAUCUAAUGUCUGCUUUUUUUAAAAAGAAACUAACAUAUGGUAGCUGACUUAAUGAGAGAAAACAUUUGUUAUGAAAGGCAGUGAUGGCAGGCUUCCAUUAUUCUGCAAAUAUAAUUUCUACAAAAUCUGCUUUGUUUUUACACACUGUUUUUAUGUCCAGUGACCUGGAUAUACUGAAGUCUCUAUCCACUGUGAUACUGUGGUUUACUGUGUGGUAAUAUUAAAAGUGCACCUAAAAGUCAUGUUCAGUCUGUUCAGGCCUUAUCCACCCUCUCAUCUUGACCAAACUAAACUAGUGAUUCACAUUCUGACCCACUGCUAAACCACUUGUGUUUACAUUCGCUCAGUAGAUCUUGGGUUGGGUUUCAUGAUGCUAUAAUUAGCAGUAUUUGUAGCUAGCUGUUGAGAAGAAAAAGCUAACUAACAGUUGGCAUACUCAUUUUUAAGCAUGUGCUGAAAUUUUAUUUGCUAGAAGAUGAAACCUGCUAAUUGCAUUUUUUCUUUACGUUUAGGUUAAAAUUCCUUUGGUUCCUUUGCCAUUACACAGCGGGGCAUAUUCCCCUUGUGCUUGUGUCAGAGCAAACAUUUUUUAAUAAUGUGGCAUAGCAUAGUUUUAAUAAUUACCUGUUCUGUUUCCCCAGUUUCUUUCCCUUUCCAUUUAGUCAGUAAAAGUGUGAUGAAAUGUUUUUAAAAUUACAACUAUUGUUUUUCCUUUGAUAACUCCAUGAAUACAUCACAAGUAUUGAGUAAUCUCCAUUUUGAUUGUCUCAUUUUGUAAUUGCCUCAGUAUUUAAAUAUACAGAGGUGCCUUAUUGGGCUUAAAUGGGUUAUUUGAUAUAUAGUGGAUAGACAUGAGGGACUUUGUUUUUGAAUGUGGUUGAUCCCAUGAAUGCAAAUUAAGAUUGCUCACUUUAUCUACAUUUAUAAAAUAUAGAAAUAAUAGCACACUGAAAAUCUUUAUUCAGCAUUGUUCAGAUGUACUGAUAUCCUGCAUUUCAACAAUGCUAGUGAACUACAUUGCAAAAUAGUUUUUGGUGCCUCUGCACCUGCAGCUAGCUUUAGGUGCUAAAGUCAUACUGUGGCAUGACUGCGUGAGGUCAGCCAAAAUUCUAAAGAUUACACUGACCUGAAAUCCUGAGAAUCCACUUUGUUAAUUGUUUGUAGUUGCUCAGCAAGUGAAUUCUGUGGAUCUAUAGAAAACGUUUCUUAUUUCUUUUGUACAAUUCCUCUCCGUUCCUUAUUGUACAUUCAGUUGAUAAAAAUUUGUGUUACUUCCAGCUAUAAUGAGCUAUUGAUUAAACUUUGCAGGAAUGAAAUUGAGAUGUUCUAAAACUGAAAAUCUUGUUUUCUUAAGCUAACUUUCUCAGGAAAAAUUAGUGUGCAAAGGGCACAUAUUUUAAGAUUUAUAAAAUGAACUUUAUUUCUAUCGUCUCUUUUGGCUUCUGGCUUACAGAUUUGAUCUAGAAAUUGCUUUAAAAUUAUUUUGUCAAGCUCUUUUUGUAUAAUACUUUUUUUUCGAAGUUUGGCACUUUAUUUUGCUUCAGUAAGGAUCCUACAAAUAUAAAUGUGAUGUCUUGUAUUCAAGUUGUUUCUUGCAUCUGUAGAAGCUGAGUCUUGCACUAUACUGCACAGAGUUGGAACAUCGCUCUACUUUUAAUACAGUAUGAAAUGUUUAAGUACAGUUAAUUAUGAUUAAAGAAGUUAUUACUUUUUGAAUUGUAUAUGUUGGUGUGGAAUGCUUCCAAUUACUCAUUUUCCAAGUUUCAGAUUUAGAGGUUUUACUGUUUAUUAUUCUUGGUGAUGUCUAAACAUUAUGAAAGGGCUCAGUAUUUUGUAACAGAUAUAUAUUUUGUUACAUAAUAUAUUGCAUUGCUUACCUAAAAUACUUUUAUUGGAUAUCUGACACUAAUACCAGGUUUUCUGAAGUGUUGAUGUAAUGUAGGAUGCAUAUUAGGCUGCAUCUAAAAUUGUCUUUAAAAUGGUUCAUCUUAAUAUCUAAUAUCUUUACAAUUUUUUUUGUGACCAGUUACUCAGAUAUCGGUGUUUCAAGUUGUACAGUUAUCCUGGGGUUUCUACUGUCUGUAUUGUAAUCAUUCCUUUUUUCCUGUUCUGCAGUGCAAGAAAAUAUGUGUAGUCUGCUUGAUCACAUUUGUGUAACAUUUUUGAGAAUGAAAAAUAUCUCCUUUACAAAUUGGUGGGGAAAUUACUCAUGUUGGUUAGGGAAACUUUGUCUUUUAAAUUUGUCUUCUAAAUGUAACUAAUAAACUGAUUAUUAUA